AUGAAGCUCUCUACCGUCUUUGCUGCCGCCAUGGCUCUGAUGAUGCCCGCCGCCGUCUUCGGUCAGAACAUCGGAGACCCAGUCAUCACCAGCGUCCUGGUCGUCGAGUACGUUCCAGCCGUCUCGACUUCGACCGUGUACCAGACCACUCAGUUCACCGUCUGGAGCUGUCCACCCGACGUCACCAACUGUCCACUCCGUUCUGCAACAUCUCUCGCCAUGGUCACUGCCAUCGUCGGCAUGUCAACCACCAUCUGUCCAGUCACCUUCGUCAGCACUCGUGUCAGUUCUUACACUACACCUGCUUCGACCAGCUAUGCGUCGUCUUCACCUGGCGCCACUGUCAGCUCGGCCUCUGUCAUCUCGACUACCUACUCGACUGGCAGCUCAACCAUCACCAUCGGCUCAUCGACCACCAGCUGGAGCUUCUGGUCGACCAUCAGCUACAGUGCUACUUCGACUCCUUCUGUCGUCACCAGCCAAGCCACUCUCUACUCUGGCGGACCUUCUCUCCCAACUGGCGUGACCGACAUUUCGACCUCGGCAAGCACCUCGGCUGGUGCAUCAGCAGGCUCUGGUGGCUCCGGUUUGGCAUCGGCUUCUGCAUCGGCCAUCUCAUCGGCAUCGGCUGGCGUCUCAUCGGCUGGCAUCCCAUCAGCAUCAUCCAUCUCGUCGGCCUCAGCAUCCGUCUUUAACCCAGCUGGAGCAUCAUCAUCGUCGGCAGCCACAGCUCCAUCGGCAACCGGCAACGCAGCUUCUGCCAGCGCCAUCGUCACCACCAGCAUUGCUGCCAACGAUAGCUCGUACACCAUCUCGUACUCGCCACUGGGCACCGGCAGCCUCAGCUCGCAGGUCGUCAGCGGCCCAGGAUCCACCAACAACAUCUCUGCUCCAUCAGGUCCAACUGGCUCUGGUCCAUUGCCCACUUACACUGGAAUGGCAGGUCGUGAGGCUGUCAUGACUGCCUUUUCUGCUCUUGCCUUCGGCAUGGUGGCAGCUCUGGUCUUGGUUUGA